CCACAAGGUGCGUGGUGGCGGCGGCGCAUGAGCUUCGCGCAUCGUUUCGGUCGUCAGUCUGGCCGUCCGCUGCUGACUGCGCUUGUGCUGUAUAUUUGCUACGUGUGCCUGGCUGUACUAGUCGGCCAUCUUGCAUAGUAGUUGGUGAGUGCGUGUUUAUAUGCAUGUGUGCAUGCUGACGAGUGAGUGAAACUGUACGCGUUAAGUCGUCGUUGUCGUCGUCGUCGUCGGGUUGGCGCGGCAGGACAGAACGACAGCCGAGGCCUUCAUGCUGCUGCUCAAUUAGCUGUCUUCUUCCUUUCUCUCACUGUCAACUUUACUUAAGCUAUCCUUUCUACGCACACUGGGUUGGCAGGCCCACUUUUAUCGAAGAUUAAAACAUGGCUGCGGACGUUCCACGCGAGCGAGAAAUCGCUGCUGAGGACAGUAUCAAAGUCGUCUGUCGGUUUCGACCGUUAAACGACUCCGAGGAAAAGGCUGGAUCCAAAUUUGUCGUCAAAUUUCCAUCUGGCGGCGAUGAAAACUGUAUUUCUAUUGGUGGAAAAGUAUAUCUUUUCGACAAAGUAUUCAAACCAAAUGCGACGCAAGAUAAAGUCUAUAAUGAAGCAGCGAAAUCUAUUGUUACUGACGUCCUCGCUGGUUAUAAUGGAACAAUAUUCGCCUAUGGACAAACUUCGUCAGGUAAAACCCAUACAAUGGAAGGAGUUAUUGGUGAUCCAAAUAAACAAGGUAUCAUCCCUCGAAUUGUCAAUGAUAUUUUCAACCAUAUCUAUGGAAUGGAGGAGAAUUUGGAAUUCCACAUCAAAGUAUCAUAUUUUGAAAUUUACAUGGACAAAAUUCGAGAUUUACUCGAUGUGUCGAAGGUUAAUCUGAGCGUACACGAAGACAAAAAUCGCGUGCCUUUCGUAAAAGGUGCAACGGAGCGUUUCGUAUCCAGUCCCGAGGAAGUAUUUGAAGUGAUCGAAGAAGGCAAAUCGAAUCGUCACAUAGCCGUGACGAACAUGAAUGAGCACAGCUCGCGGUCACAUUCAGUCUUCCUAAUCAACGUUAAGCAGGAAAAUUUGGAAAAUCAGAAGAAGCUCUCAGGCAAACUGUACUUGGUCGAUUUGGCUGGUUCAGAAAAAGUUUCCAAGACUGGAGCUGAAGGAACGGUGCUUGAUGAAGCUAAGAACAUAAAUAAAUCGUUAUCGGCCCUUGGGAAUGUUAUCUCGGCUUUGGCUGACGGAAACAAGACACACAUACCCUACAGAGACUCCAAGCUCACACGUAUUUUGCAAGAGUCGUUGGGUGGUAACGCGAGAACAACAAUCAUUAUUUGCUGCUCGCCAGCUAGUUUCAAUGAGUCUGAGACUAAAUCGACCUUAGAUUUCGGUAAACGAGCUAAGACAAUCAAGAAUGUCGUUACGGUGAACGAAGAGCUGACAGCUGAAGAAUGGAAACGAAGAUACGAACGCGAAAAAGACAAAGCUGCUAGGCUUCGAGGCAAAGUCGAAAAGCUCGAAGCUGAAUUGUCACGUUGGCGAUCAGGCGAGACUGUUAAACCGGAGGAACAGGUCAAUUUGCACGAAAAUUUGGAUGUUACCACGCCGGUUGCACCUGUCGCCGAAAUUCCAAUUCGAGUGGACGACGGACCAUUGCCUGCAACUCCAGGUGGUGGUCUCAUGGCUGGUUCACUCUCGAACGAAGAACGUCAGAAGCUGGAGGAAGAACGCGAACGUCUGUACCAACAGCUCGACGACAAAGACGAGGAGAUCAACCAACAGUCACAGUUUGUUGAAAAACUAAAGGAGCAGAUGGAAGAGCAGGAAGAGCUUAUUGCAAGUGCGAGACGCGACUAUGAACAACUGCAACAGGAGAUGAACAGGAUCCAGCAGGAGAAUGAAAGCGCUAAAGAAGAAGUGAAGGAGGUGCUGCAAGCUCUUGAAGAGCUUGCUGUCAACUAUGAUCAAAAAUCACAAGAGGUCGAGGCCAAGAACAAGGAGCACGAGCAAUUGACUGAGGAGUUGUUAGCUAAACAAGCUACUCUGAAUACAACGGCUGCAGAGCUGCAACAGUUGCGUGAUAUGUCUGCUCAUCAGCGCAAACGUAUCGCAGAGAUGUUGACAAAUCUCUUGAAAGAUCUAGGUGAGAUUGGCGUUGCCAUUGGCGGCGACGAGAGCCUGAAAGUACUUCCCGACAGCAAUGGAAAACUCGAAGAAGAGUUUACUGUGGCUAGACUUUACAUCAGCAAGAUGAAGUCUGAAGUGAAGAAUCUCGUACAGAGAUGUCAGGGAUUGGAAUCCAACCAAUCAGAUUGCAAUAAGAAGGUAUCUGAGUACGAGAAGGAGCUUGCCGACUGUCGUCUAUUGAUCUCGCAGCACGAGGCUCGCAUGCAGUCUCUGCAGGAGAUGAUGAAAGAGACGGAGGCCCGCAAACGUGCCUUAGAGGAAGAUGUGGAUGCGAUGCGCGAGGAGUGUGCUAAAUUGAAGGCCGCUGAGCAGGUCCAGGCGGUCAGCAAUAAGGAGAAGGCCGAAGAGAAAGAGGCUGCAACUAAGAUGCGACUUGCUCUUGAAGAACAGAUGGAUCAGCUCAGAGUUGUUCAUCAAAAACAGGUGGCAACCUUACGAGAUGAAAUUUCUGAGAAACAGGAGAUGAUUAGUGAAUUGAAGGACAUGAAUCAGAAAUUCACUCUGGCUCAUCAACAAAUGCAAGCGGAUUAUGAGCGAUUGAAGCAAGAGGAGGCUGACAAGUCUGUCAAAUUGCAAGAACUUAUGCAAUUGAAUGAGCGACGUGAACAGGCGAGAAAAGACCUGAAAGGCCUUGAAGACACAGUUUCAAAAGAGCUUCAAACUCUGCACAACUUGCGCAAACUAUUCGUUCAAGAUCUCCAGGCUAGAAUUAAGAAAUCAAUUAUUACCGAAGACAAUGAAGACGACGGAGGUUCGCUUGCACAGCGACAAAAGAUAUCCUUCUUGGAAAACAAUCUCGACCAACUAACUAAGGUUCAUAAACAACUGGUGCGAGAUAACGCAGAUCUGCGUUGUGAGCUACCUAAACUAGAGAAGAGGUUGCGCGCAACGAUGGAGCGUGUAAAGGCAUUAGAGACGGCACUACGUGAUGCCAAGGAAGGUGCAAUGCGCGAUCGCAAGCGCUAUCAAUACGAGGUCGACCGGAUCAAGGAGGCCGUGCGACAGAAGAACUUGGCACGUCGUGGACCUAGCGCCCAAAUUGCCAAGCCCAUCCGGGCUGGUCAACACCAUACUUAUGUCGGUGGUAUCAAUUCCAUCAGGACUGUCAGUAAUCGAGGUGACUAAGGCGUACAGUUCCGAUCAGUAGAGCUUCACUAUGUGGACAACAAUCCGCGCUCAUAAUCUGGGCACAAACGCCGAAUCAUAGACAAUGCCAAAACGAACUUGUCUUCACUCUUUUACAGAAAACGAGCGCAAUAGUGCUUUUGCAAUGGACGAUAAAAAAUUUGUUCCAGACGCGAACCUUAUUUAUAAUUCAUACGCAUAAAUGAAACGGAGGAAAGGAAAAACCACAAUACGUUGCUGUAAUGCUCCAGUUGUCUGAUUAAAGUUCGCAGCGAAAUCAUUACGCAAAUCUAUUAUGCUAUGAAUAUUAAUUGUCAUUAUUGAUGAUUGCUAUUAUUAGUACUACUAUUGAUUAUUGAUUAUUAGUACUAUUAUGAAUUAUCAUUAUUGAUAUAUUAUGAUUAUUGAUUAUUUUUAAUUGCAAUUAUUAUGUUAAGGUAACACAUUCACAACGAGCACUAUGUCGGUCACGUAAAAAAUGUUAGCUAAAGAAAGAAAAAAAAGUGAAAAAAAACAGAAAAUAAGAAAAAUAAUAAAACAACCAAUCCCGUGCUUGCAACACCACACUGCUGCAGCUGCUGAGCGAGACUACAUAGACAAUGAAUGCGAGCAAUGUAUACCGGGGGGAGUACGAGCUGAUGUGCCUACGUGUGCGGCGCGCGCUCGGUCAGUAUGAAUGUAUCGCUAUUUCGAAUGUCCUGUCGAUUUGUACAUAGCUCAUUUUUGAUAAAUUAUUAUUCUUAACUAUUAUUUAAUUAAAUGUGUGUCAACAAAAAAGUGAAGCAGGAGGAAAAUAUAAAUGGGGAGGUGGAUACACCUUGUGUAAUAAAGUAAAAUAAUAUAGACAUCACUCAAUGUGCACCAAAAUGAAAUAGCGGAUUGUGUAAUUGAUCUUCGUACGUUUGAGACUCUCGGAUUCUAUAUCGAGAGGGAAAAAUUGAUUAUGCCGAAAAUGCAACGGGGUAUUUAAUUAUAUUAAAUAGAGUAUUGUAGCAGAGCUAUAAGAAAAAAAGUGCAUUUGCAUAGAAGCUUUUCACUGCAAUGAUACCGACACUUCUUCGAUUGCUUAUAACGCAAAGCCCUACGUGCGAAAUCUGCACUCACAUUAAAGCGUAAAACAAGUGUUGAUCUUUCCUCCUGAAGCACAAGAGGCAGUGUUUUUUUACCUCAAUUUAUAAACGAAGAUUAAAUUCAGACGAAACCGCCAAGUGAUCGAAGAUAUUGCGUCUGUUGAUGUGCGCAAUUUAGCACUGAGAGAAGAAAAAUCUAAGUUUUUUGUAUUACAAGUGCACGAGAGAGAACAUCUACGUGGUUGUACUUUUUGUUGAAUCGAUUCUGAAAAGAAAAUUCCUUAUCUUGUACUGUCGUUCGGAGGGUUCACUUGACAUUUGGUCAAGUUUAGUCAACCUUUCCACCAUCGCCGUUUACAUUUCCUUUUUCACGAUCGAGGCGAGAAACUGAGCUUGAAUCAAGUGAUUUAUCGGAAAGUACAAGUUCGUAUAAUGAUUGCAAUGUAUGUCAUAUAAUCGUGCGUGAUAAUUUUCCUCCAAGGAUUCGUUUGUGGGUACUAGCGCACACGACGUCGUUGAUUUGCGAGAGCGCAGAGUUCCUAUCCGCUGAAUGUGUGUGCGCGUGUGAUAUGUAUUACGUGAUAUGGACGCACCUCUGACGUCGUGUCUUAAAUGAACGAUCGAUAAAUUUGCUUUCUCUUCUCUCCGUAAGAUAUAUCCGUUUGAUUGUGCGCCUCCAACGACGUCGACCAACGACGUCGAUUCGCUUUAUUACGAGCACGCGCCCGUCUCAUAUCUUGUAGCUUUUUUCGUUUCUUUGUGUGUAUUUUUGUCGCAAAAAACGAGAAUCGCGGAGCUGAUCCUGAGCAUUGGUUUUCUCAGUAGGUUUGCGAUUUUAUACUUAAUGCAAUAAAGCAUUAUAUUAUAUUAUGUAAAAAAUGAAACAUAUUGAUAGACUUGCGAUUAGUCGUUGGCAUGUAAUAUAUACAAUGAUUCGAUUGUAAAAAUCGAUUAUAUAUGCUUGCAUGGAGGAUAAAGACUAUAUAAAAACACUGGAGAACUGAAGUAAGUUGUAAUUUGCUUAACAAAAUAAUAAAAGAACUCUAACGAUUUUCUGUCUUCUGUAAAACAAUUGGUAAUGCUUACACAAAUAACUGAGGAAAUCUAUGUUCACGACAUGCUAUCAGCAUUUUCGAAUAAGAGUUUGCGACUGUCGCCGUGUUGCAUUUGUUUUUGCGCCGGCUAGCCUUAAUUUAUAAUUUAUUGUGCGUUACAACAAAUACUGUUCUGUUUCUCGAGUGCAGGUACUUGAAGCUAUGAAUUCUUAUAGACCGAUGUCAUCGUGCGAGAGAAAUAAAAAUGACAAAUGAAAAAUUGAAGGGUCUAUAGGUGUAUGGCGCGCGCUGUAGCCCCGUCCGUGAAAUGAAAACAUGAGGAAACAAGCUCGAUUUCAAACUAUUUAUUUUUAUCUGGUAUUGUAACACUGCAAUGUGCUUAAUAAAUAUUUUGCAUAAACAUAAUCAUACCUUGUUUUACCAUUACAAACUUUUCUUUCGUUCGCCUCUCGUCGUCAGUUGCAGUUUCCGACUUUUCUAUCGUACCGAUAUCAUCAGUCAUUUGUGCCUUUUCCUUUUUCAUUCAACUCAUCGUUUUUAUAUACACAAAUAAAGCAUCAACGCUGUGUUCAGAUUUUAGCUUGGCUUUGUCUUGACAAAAGAGCUUUUCUUAUUGGACGCGAACGGGGAAGGGUUGAAUUGCUGUCCCAAGCAUCAUCUUCGAUAGAAUUCAAAUAAAACAAAUUAAAGACGGAAGGGUUAGCCGUGCCCAUUCGUCCUCACGACAAGAGCGUUUUGAAUGUGAAUAGUUGAGCAGCUAUGCUAAUGAAAGGAUAGUAAAUCAUGUCGAAGGAGAAGGGAUCGAGCUUCAAGGUCGGAUUUCACUCUGAACAAUCGACAUAAUAAUUUCCAAUCCACGGGCGGUUGAAGUAAGAUAAUUCAGCGCAGAUGAUACGAGACGAGACGUGUAGGCUUAGCGCCAAACUUUGUAUCGUUGGCAAACGUCUUAACGAGCGCUGACGUAUUUAUCGAUGCGUCGUAUGCUGGUGUCUGCGGUCGCGUUUCGGCACCACCAGGACUCGCUCGGCUUCCGUGAUGCGCUCUGUUCUGACCUCGAUUAACGUCAAAAUUUGAUUCUCAUUCGUCCUAUGAAAGCAGCAACGAAAGCCGAUUUUCAAGAUCUUUCUAGAUUUGCGUUCGACCAAGUGAAAAAAUUAUAAUAUAUAUAAUCAUUGUGGCAGCUGGUCAGCACCUAGCGAUGAAUGUAUCUUUGGGUUACUUUUGAAGUGAGGCAUCACAAAGGGAUGCGCACCGCUCAUAGAAAUUACGCAUUUGUCGACGAGCACAAGGAGCACGAAAGUAAACUAUGUGGCAACACACAAAGUCACAAGAUUGCAGCGAGCCAUAAAUAACAUUGGACUAGUAUUUCCACGAGGAGCUUCGAUGCUCCAUUUCUCCCUGCAAUUUUACCAGUAGUUAUUUUUUAAAUUCUACCACGUCUGCUUUGAAUUGUGUAAUCUAAUGAUUGCUUCAGCAAGCACGUGCAUUUUCCAGUGUGUUUUGUUACCAUUCCUUUUGUUUCCUUUUUAGCGAACGCAUGCAUUGUUAUACGUCAUAGAUAGGAACCGCGAUUUGAAAGAACAGUCUCUUCGAGGCUGUUCGUUCUUAUACGGCAUUAAAUAUAUCAGCGUCGUAUAGGAUUGGCAAACAAUUGUUAUACUUAACUUGUUAUAGUGCUAUAAAACAAUUUGGAUUCGGAUGAAACUGUUCUGUGUGAAACGUAAUUAACGAGGCCGGAUUAUGAAUUUUAUCAAUUCUUCAGGAUAAGUCUAUUUAGAUAUUGUGAAUACAAGCUGUGGAAAGGCUAUAGCUAUAUGGAAUGUAAUGAUUAACUGUAUUACUUAAUGAAACCAUUAAAUUACAUUUCAUUGAUAUAAACGUGUUCUCUUGUGAUUUGCACGUUCCUUUAAUUAUUUUCAAAUAUGUACUUUGGUCAAAUUUCUAGCCUUUACUUUAAAUCAAUCGAUCUCUUUCCUAAUUUCUAUCGUCGACAGUAGACUUUACAGAAUUACAACUGAGUCAAUACAAAAUUGUCCUUGGUAUAUUUAAGCACGAUGGCACUAUUGGCACGAAUUGCGGUCUUUCAGUAAUAGUUACGAUAAGUUUGGCUGACUUAAUUAAUGAGCAGAGAGGAGACAGAAAGUAUCGUCAUCGAAGAUUUGGAGAGAGAGAAAGAGAUUUAAAAUUUAAAUAUUAAAUAUUAAAUUUAAGAUUUAAAUAUUUAAAUAUUUAAAGUUUUUGAUGUGUAUCUGACGCUCCACGAAUCAUGUUCGAUUAUCCUCUUUCUUUAUCUUUUAGUAAUUUAUAUAUAAGGCAUACAUAUAAUAUUACA